AUGGUGAUAUUCCACGCCAUUGGAAAUUAUCUUUACAAGCUACCUAAAUCAUUUGAUCAAUGUACACGAAUCACUCAGCUGAAUUUAGGCUUUAAUCAUUUCACGGAAAUUCCAUCAGCUCUUUUCAAUCUGGUUACCUUGGAGCAGUUAGAUUUGGCAGAGAAUUACAUUGAAACUGUUGGUUCUGACAUCAAGAAAUUGGUGAACCUGCAACAUCUGAAUUUGGCAGGAAAUAUGCUGGAAGAAGUUCCUGAUGAAUUCUGCAAGUUGAAGAAGCUGAGGUAUUUGAAUCUAUCCAGUAAAUGGUACCCUCGUGGAGGAUUUCAGAUCGUUCCUCUUGCUAUAUGCUAUCUUACAGAUCUACGUCAUUUGGAUCUCAGUUGGCAUAAGAUUCACACAAUUCCAGACCAGUUUGGAAAUCUGAGAAGAUUAGUGACCUUGAACUUACGUGGAAACUUCCUGCAGCAUGUAUCUGAUGAAAUUCACUGCUGUGAACGCUUGGUGAACUUGAAUCUGACUGGAGCCUUACGAUACUGUUCAGUUAUUCCCAAAGCCUUUUUCACGUUAGAAGAAUUGCUAGAAUUGAAUUUGAGCGGGAACUUUUUCACGGAAAUUCCCCCAGAAGUCUGCGAAUUAAGAAAGUUAAAGAAACUGAUUAUACAGAGGAAUGCCUUGUUGAGACUUCCUGAGGAAUUGUUCAGUCUGCGCCAUAUUGAACAUCUAGAGUUCGGGGAAAACUAUCUGGAAGAAUUGCCAGCAGGAAUUUCUAAUCUUAAGUCUCUCAAAGAGCUGGGAUUGGCCUAUAAUGCUUUAGAUUCUUUACCAGAUGAAAUUUGUCAAUGUCAUUCUCUCGUUCAAUUACAUCUCAGUCGAAAUAAACUCAAAUCAGUCCCAGAAGAGAUCUAUGAACUCAGCAACCUAGUUGAUCUGAGCUUAAAUGACAACCAGCUAACAGAGUUACCUCUCUUGAUGGAUAGACUUGAUCGUUUAGCCGAGAGUGGAUGUUUGUAUUUGUGGAAUAACAAUUUGAAACGACCUCCUCAAGCAAUCUGUGAUCAAGGAGUCACAGCCCUAUUCCCAUAUUUAAAAGAGUUACGAAUCAGUGAAGCUAAACAUCGGAAAAAGAUGAUAUUAAUUGGAGCUGUGAAGGCUGGAAAAACAAGUCUACGUAAUGCUUUGUUACUAGGUCACUCAGCUUUAACUCAGGAGCAUGAACGAACAUGGGUGUUGGAGCGACAUCUUUGGGAACCGAAAUCCGAAUUGAGAGUUCAGAUUUUAGAUUUUGGAGGCCAUCAUAUAUAUUCUGCUGCCCAUCACAUGUUCCUGACACCGGAAGCUACUCACGUUUUAGUCUUUGAUCUUCAUAAAUACUCAUCGGACCGAUACCUGGAGCUCAUUGGAAACUGGUUGGAAGCCAUCAUGGACCGAGCCCCAGGGGCUGGAAUCAGGAUUGUGGGAACUCACGGUGAUUUGUGUUCAGAGCAAGAUAUUGAAGAAAAAGUUAAAGAUAUUUUACGAAAAAUGCACAGAAUUGAGAAUAAAAACAUCAAUGAUUUAAAAGAAGAAAUCAAGAAGAUCCAAAGAAUCCUGGAUACCCCAGAAGCCAGGAUAAAUCGGGGAGAGUUUACAGAAAUUGGGUUUGAGAGACUCCACGAGAGAAAAGCCCACAUGGAAAAGAUGUUGAAUAGUCGUUCCAUUUUACCCAAGAGUAUCUGGGCUGUGAGCUGUGCCAAGGAUUUGGAUGGGUUUGAGCAUUUCCGUACAGAUUUGAUCAAUCAUCUGAUAGAAACGGAAGAAAUGGCGUUGCCUAAAUCAUGGUUUAGAUUCCUGCAAGCCAUACAGCAACAUCCUGAGAGAAUCCUAAAAUGGCCACGAGCUUUGGAAAUUUUCACUGAAGUCAUGGAAGAGAUGGCACAGUCGAUGAUUGCGAUCGGUGGAUCAGUAGAAAUGAGUAUGAUUGUGGUCUUGAUGUAUUUACAUAGAAUGGGUGAGAUCGUCUGGUAUGAUAAAAAUCCUAAAUUACGUGCAAUAGUUUUUCAUCGACCGGAAACACUGGUAGAAAUGCUGCGUGCUGUUUUCAGACAUAAUUUUGAUGAAGUGGUUGUCUAUGAGGAUAAUAAUGGUCAACAAGCAAAUCUGACCAAAACUAAAUUUGACUUUAUGAAAGAAGAGUUCUUAUCGCAGGGUUUAUUGACUUAUGAACUCUUACAUUAUUGUCUUCUCCAUUUUGAACUUUCACCUGAUGCAUUGGAUACAUUCAUUUCAUUAAUGUUGAAGUUUGAUUUGUGUUUUGAAGUUGAGAAAUCUACGCUGGCUCCAAGCUUACUACAAUCUGUUGGUAUUCUACAGUUCCCAUGGUUUUUCCCACCAGAAGAGCCAGAAAAAGUGGCCUAUGAAUGGCCAGUAUCAACUCCUCUUAACAUGUUUGAACUUUGUUACGAGUUACAUUUUAUAAAUAGACGACCACCGAACUGUUUUGCAAAAUUUUCUGUCAGACUUCAUAAUCAUUUCACAGAGAGAAUUAAUUGGAAGUUUGGAGUGCUAGGACGAAUAAACCAAUCUCGAGUCCUCGUAAGAAAAAUAGUGAGCGAGGAUAAUGAUUCUUGUAUUCGUGUUGCUGUGAGAGGACCAGACUUACAAGAGUUAUGGUCCUUGGUUACUAAAACCAACCAAGAUUUGUUAGCUCUUCUUCAAGAAUGGCCGUUCAUUCGUUUUGAAUUGAGUUUAUUGUGUUCACAUUGUAUUCUGUGUAAAAUAGGAGAUCCCUAUCGGUUUCCCGGUGAAGUUUUACAAAAUGUCCUACCUAGAAACACCUACCAGGCACCAUGGUGUAAAAAUGCCGAGGGUGAAGAUAUCCCAGCAUGCUUUGUGUAUCCUCUUGAUCCAGGUAGGUUUUGUUUUCAGUUAAUUGAGUCCACCUACAAUAGCUUCCCUACACUGUACUGUAAUGUCACCAUGCACUUAAAUCUGAAUUGA